AGGAUUCUUCAAACGCGCAAUGUGAAGUACAAGUUGCUCAAGAAGCUUUUGGAGCAGGCAGGCAUCUUCGAUGAACUUCGAUUGCAGAAAUCUGCUGCACCAGAGACCAACGAAGAGAGAGCAGAGCGUCUUCAGAAGGACAUGGAGAAUGCACACGACAGGAAUCGUCGACUCAGCAAGCAGCUGGAAUUUUGGGACAAUCGAAUUGAGCAGAGGAAGAGCAAAUUGGAUACUGAGAAGAGCAAGUUGAGGAAAGAGUUUGGUCGCAACUGGGAACAGAAGCUCGGGCGUGCGCUCAUGGAACAAGAUCAACCAGAUGCCCAAGACGUUGAGAGCAUUCAGAGCCUCGAGCCAGAAGAAGAGAUGCCGGCGCCUGACUUUGAUCUUGACAUGAUGAGGCAGAAUGAAGAAAUGGAAGACUUCAUCAACAACAGGAAAGGCCACGUCAUCGCAAAAAAAUACUCCAGACAGAUUCGCUCAACGAUUUUCCGUCGUAGAGCUGAAGCCGAACAAGCUGAACAAACUGAAGCUUUACAAGACAGUCCACAGCGUAAACCUCUUGCAGCAUUUCCAGAAGUUGAAGAAGAGCGAGGGUCAACAAGCGCAGGUCUUCUUCAGCUGUCUCUGGAGGGAGAGAGCCUUUUGGCUCCGCAGCAGCACUUGAUUCGCGCUCACAGCAGGACCAGCUUGACCAGCGAUUCUGAAGACACCUCUGAAUCCGAAUCUUCAUUUGGGGAGGAGGAUGUGGACUUGGGACCUUUCAGGCAAUCCCACCGGAAAGGUAUCUUGGAGACUGGCGCAGAAGAUUACAUGAUGAGUCAGUUCGGCGAUCAGCCUGGAGAGUCCUUCCUUGAGGGCAUCAAUCGCCUACGUCCUUCAGCUCGACACUACACGCGCGGAACACGUCGCGAAGGGCCUGAGAAGAAGAAGAGGUCUAAACGACGCGUCUCCAUUCAAUCCUUCGUCGACCAGCUGUCUGAAGACAACACAGGCCCCAAUUCGCGACGACCAAGUACUGCCAUGGAGGUCGGCCAUGCAAGGCGCCUUUCUGUAGGCGGUGACGCAGGACUGGAGAUAUACAACUCACGGAUCAGCAGGGCGUCUAUUGAGUCACGCCCAUUUUCAGAAGGAGAUAGAGGUGAGAUCCACGACAUCGUUCGUGAAGCUAUGGAAGUGGAACGGAAAGAGGACAUAGAUGUGAACGAAUGGCUGCAGAAGGUACUGAAGCAAAAACGCAGAAGAAGUGAAAAAAACAAAGCUGGCAAAUUGAAAGGAAACGUGAUCGAUGGCAGCGACGUCCACAUUGAAACCGUUCGGCUUUUGCGCCGUGCAGCGCAGAUGGCCAAGAAAACCCAGGUGUCUCCAGGUGACCUAUCCACUGCCAAUCUGCUGCAAGCUCAUCACAUGGACGGCUUGUCAAUAUCAGGUCCAGGCAAUGCUCAACAUGUGCAGUUCACCUCCAAGGCGGAGGCAUUGCUGCGGCAACUUGUGGGCCAGGACGAGGAAACGUGGGAACAGACCUUGGCAAAGCGGGCAGCGACGGCAAGAGCACGCUACGCAGCAACAAAGGCGCAACUGCUCGCCCUGGACACAAUGGAGUCACCUGUUCGCUCUGCUUCCAAGAAGGAAGCAUUGAAACGCUACAGGGCACGCACAGCUUCCCCGGCGCGGUCUAUGUCAGAUUUGGCACGUUCGCCAAGUCAAAGUCGCAGCAAGAUUGGCAGGGACUUGAACGGUGACGCGAUGAACAGAGCUGCCACUGAAGCAGCUGCCGGAUCCAGGCUGGAUGCGCACAAAGAGAUCACGCGCUUGAAAGUCAUGUCCUUGCACCACAGCGCGGCAAGACGCCGGAUGAUGCAGGCGACACUGAGCAGCGACGAGGAAGACGAGGCCGGUGGCAAGUCCAUCCUGGAAUUGGCUGAAGCUUCCAGGAAGAUGCAGGACUUCAGAGGUCCCAGCGAAAGAGUCAUUUCCCAAGUGUUGAGCAAUGUGAGCAACAUGAUGUCAGGCCCUACGGCUUUCUUCGAAGAAGAAGCGCAAGAUGAAAAAGUGGCUGAAGUUGCUGCGAAGUGGUUGGGAGAACGCAGCGACACACAGCCAUCCCUUAUGGUAGACGCAAGUGAGGCACAAGCAACAGCAGCGCCAAUUUCCCACAGCGCAUUCCGUCCUUUUCGGAGCCGAAGCAAGGCUCCGAGAAAAAUUCGACCUCCUCGACGAACCUCAUCAGUCGCAGGAAACAGCACAUCCAGCAGUUCCGACUCCGAAGGUUUUCGCUCAUCAAGAUCAACAUCCAGGAGAGAAGGCUCAGCGCAUUCGCAGCGUGGUGAGAACGAUCACUUUCGAAAUGUGUCAUAUUUCAUCGACUUGAUGAAUGAGAACGACCACAGGAAACGCAGCAAGAAACAGAGCAAGCGACGUCGAAAGGCGCGCGAACGUCAGAAAAAGCAAGCAACUCGUGCUGAUUUCCGCUGGAACUCGCACAUGUGGAGGUUGAUGGAGUUACAACUAGACAAUCCAAGGCCCAUUGCGCACAAAGUUCGUGCUGCUCAUAGCAUUGCCACCCACACCGGGAGCGAUGAAGAUAAAGCUUCGCACAGCCCACGGUUCCUUCAAGCACGCACGCCGCAACGAAGAAGGGGCAGGACACCCAGAAAGCGGAUCGACGAGGGGCGGACUGACACUCAAUUGAGGCAAGUCGAACACCCAGGGGAAACGCACGCAAUGAUCGGGAAGGAGAAGCAGGCAGAUUCUGAUGCAGCCCUUGACUUGAGCCCGAAGAGCGUGCAGAUCAAGCUCGAGGAAGGUGGCUGGACGCGUUUGCCAGCUAUUUCCCGGCGGCUUUCGGAUGCGAGGCGUGCAUCUGCUUCAUCCGAGUCGACCAGCCUACAAUCUCCAUGGUGGGGAAGGAAUGGGCAGCGCCCACAACGAUUUGGUGCAAGCAGAGCUCGUGUGGACGUAUCGACGAGCGAGGCCGACAGGGACCGCCUGCGUGUGCAGCAGUGGGCUGAAGUUGGGGCCCUUGCAAUGGGCCUUCCGCAAAAGUGGUCAUACCAGGCCAGGGCAUGAACAUGCUGCAGAGCGCCCAAAAAGCAGCUAAUAGAAUGGGCGAGCGAUUGAUCAAUGCGGGCUGAAUAU